AUGUAAAGAGUUUAAGGGGUUCUUAAUUGUCAAAUAGAUGGUCAUCGUGAAAGUGUUAUUAUUGGUGUAUGUGUUAAUAAGUAAUGUUAACACAAAAGGCCUUUUUGUGUUGGAUGUUAAUAUUAAUUUCAUAAUACUCAUAUUGGUGACUUAAAAUGUUUUAAUGAUCUUAAAAAUUGGAAUUGUUUAAAUACUCAAACAGUUGAGAAUCUUAAAAAUUAUCUAGAUGAUUUAAAUGGGCUUAUUUAAAAAAUUUCUAAAUUAAUAGAAGCUACUUCUUAAAGAAAUACUUAUUAGAAUUACUAGGAAAUGAAUUUUACUGAUUUACACAACAAUAUAAAUGACUAAAUUACUUUAUGGAAUCAUUAAGAAUAAAUGUAAGCUCUUUUAUAAGAGUUAUUUCCUACAAAUACUAGAGAUAAAAUUAGAAAUAUUUGCUCAAUAUAAUUACAAAUAAAUUCUAACAAUUAUAAUUUAGAAAUUAAAAAAAGUAUACAAGGGUAAGAUUAUUUGAAAGGGGCUUAAGGAUUAAGACCAAGUAUCUGCUAUUAAAAUUUCAUUUAAGUGUAGUAAUAUCCAGACUAAAAUAAAUCAGCAUAGAACAUUAUUCCCAAAUAAGCAAGUUUAUAAAUUCCUUAAAUAAACUAUUAAAGAAAUUUCUAAGCUAAUGAAAGAUAAAAUCAACAUUUAGUACAAUCACCAAAUUAUAAUUAUAAUAAUAAUCUAAAGAAUUAAUAGGGUUAAAACGAUUGUAAUUUAUAAAAUAAAAAUAACAAUAUCAAAAUAUAAGAAUCAUUCAGCACUAAUGACCGCAAAAUGACACAAAAUGCCAACCAAAAUAUACAGAGAACGACUAGUCCUCUAUGCAAUUUCAAGAAUCCUAUCAAUUUGUAAAAAUAAUGA